UUUUGAUUCUUCAGGAUGCCUGUGAAGUGGAUGUCUGUUCUGCUGCUCCUGCAGAUGAGUUGCUACUUGAGAUCUGGGAGCUGUGGGAAGGUGUUGGUAUGGCCAUUGGAGUACAGUCACUGGAUGAAUCUGAAGAUAAUUCUGGAUGAACUUGUACAACGUGGACAUGAAGUGAUAGUUCUGAGACCUUCAUCUUCUGUCUUUUUUGAUCAAAAAAGAGCAUCUGGACUUAAAUAUGAGACAUUUCCUUCAACUAUCGAUAAUGACAAAGUAGAAAAGUUUUUUGGUGAAUGGGUCAAUGGGUGGAUAUACGAUGUUCCAAAAGAUUCAUGUUGGAAAUAUUACCCAUCAUUUAACAUACUCUUUGGGAGAUAUUCGGAUUAUAUUUUAAACCUUUGUAGAGAAGUAGUUACAAACAAACAAUUUAUGGCAAAACUACAGGAAUACAAGUUUGAUGUUGUUUUUUCAGAUGCUAUUGGUCCCUGUGGUGAGCUGAUAGCUGAGGUACUGCAAGUACCCUUUAUGUACAGUCUUCGCUAUGCUGGUGGCUAUGGAUUAGAAAAGUUUAGUGCGGGACUUUCAUUCCCUCCCUCUUAUGUCCCUAUAAUUAUGUCAAGGUUAGGUGGUCAAAUGUCAUUCAUGGAGAGAGUAGAAAAUAUGAUAUGUUUGUUAUAUUUUGACUUUUUCUUUGAGUCAUUUCCUGCUAAGGAUUGGGAUCCAUUUUUCAGUGAAAUUUUAGGAAGACCUACUACUAUGGUUGACACAAUGAAGAAAGCAGAAAUGUGGUUCAUUCGCUCCUACUGGGAUUUAGAGUUUCCUCGCCCAACCUUACCAAACAUUGAGUUUGUUGGAGGACUCCACUGCAAACCUGCCAAACCCUUGCCUGAGGAAAUGGAAGAGUUUGCACAGAGCUCUGGGGAACAUGGAGUUGUGGUGUUUUCUCUGGGGUCAAUGAUCAAUAACACAACACGAGAAAGGGCCAACGCAAUUGCAUCAGCCCUUGCACAGAUUCCACAAAAGGUGUUUUGGAGAUAUGAUGGUAUGGAACCAGAUACCUUAGGUCCGAAUACCAGAAUUUUCAAGUGGAUCCCCCAGAAUGACCUUCUAGGUCAUCCAAAAACUAGAGUUUUUGUAACUCAUGGUGGAGCUAAUGGCAUUUAUGAGUCAAUUCAUCAUGGAGUCCCAAUGGUUGGCAUCCCUAUGUUUGCAGAACAAUAUGAUAACAUUGCUCACAUAGUGGCCAAAGGAGCAGCUGCUUCCGUAAAUUUUCAUACAAUGACAAGUUCAGAUUUGCUUAAUGCCCUGAAGGAAGUCAUUAAUAAUCCAUCCUAUAAAAAGAAUGUGAUGUGGUUAUCAACCAUUCACCAUGACCAGCCCAUGAAGCCCCUGGACAGAGCCGUCUUCUGGGUUGAGUAUGUCAUGCGCCACAAAGGAGCCAAGCACCUGAAGCCUCUUGCCUUUAACCUCACCUGGUACCAGUACUACUCUCUGGAUGUGAUUGGAUUCCUCCUGGCCUGUGUGGCAGCUACAAUUUUCCUCACUAUAAAAUGUUGCUUGUUUGUUUACCAAUUCUUCGUAAAGAAACAAAAGAAUAAAAAGGAAUAGGACUCUUUAAGAAAGAAAAGAUUAUUUCAUUGAAUUCUAGCACUGUGUAUCAAGUGUUUUAAAUAAUAUACAAUACUUGAUUAUCUAUCUAUUUUCCUUCUUAAAAAUUAGCCAUUUUAAAUAUUGAUUUCCUGAUAUAACUAUUUUUUUUUACUUAUUUAUGGAUGUAAUCACCCCGAACACAAUGAUAACUCCAUAAUGUUUAUGGGAGAAAAAUAGGAAGCCUGAAGUUUCUAUAGUGAAUUUUUUUAGAGAGAUCAUCUUUAAAAUCAUAUGAACUAUCACUGUCUGUCAAAAAAAAUGACAAGACAGAUUUUAUUCAAACUACCAAAGUAGAGGAAAGAUGUUUCAGGAUACAAUGAACGCAACUAUAUAUUAAAAAGAUGAAUGUAUUUUUUAUAGAAACAAAUAUGAAAGGCAGCAGGAUGUUUCAGCUGAUAGGGGCAUGGGUUGCACAAGCCAGAGUACUCGAGUUCAAACCCCAGAACCGACAGAUUGUGAAAGGAGAGAAUCAGCAUCACAGAAUUGUCCUGUGCCUACAACCUGUGUCUCUGCACCCACACACACAGCAUACACACACAUACACACUCAUACACCACCACCCUCAAGAACAACAACAAUAAUAACAAAUACAAAGUGAAGUUUAAAGCAGACUGAACCAUGUGAAGGGGGAAUAAAGAAAUAGAGUAAGUGCAGAACUUCAAAAGUAGAUGGUAAAAUUGCUUAAAUGUCCUGGCAAGAAGGAAAAACGAUAAACAAUUCACAGUUUCACAUAAAUACAGAUGUGUGCACAGAAGGUAAAUCACCUUUAAAGACAGAAUACAACUGAAAUCCAGAAUUAUUUGCUCUAGGUACAUUGUUAUCCAAGUCGUAUGUGCUACAUGAGCAUAGAAAUAUAUCUUUCUUAAAUGCGAAAUACUUUACAGAGAAUUUUUGUCACUUAUUACACCAACUCAAGAUUUUUCCUAACACAUUUCCCCAGCUCUUCACAGUUGAUGGCUUCUGGCAGGGGUGUGGGGAAAGACUCAGUUACCUUAAGGGCUUCAUUCACCAUGGCCUGACAAGUGCAUACAUGGCACAGAUUGGAUUUGGUGUAUUUUGGAUGGGGGAUUAAGCUGGAGUGGAAGGGUGAACCUGGGAAGAGUGGGAGGUGAGUGUGAUAGCAGGGCCCUUCAUGAAAUUCCCAGUUAAUCAAUAAAAAUAUUACAUUGGAAAAAAAUCUAUAUCACCUGACAUAUUUUAGUUAGAAGAACGGAAGCCUAAUUACCACAUGACGUCUUGACUAUUCUUUUUAUUGAAUAAUUCUGUGCAAUUGGACAAUAUGAAAAUGCACAAUGGAAGAUGAACUGCCUAGCUCAGAGCAAUAGCUGAGAAUCCAUCCUUAAUUAAGUCUGCUUAGUGUUACAGUACAUUUCCCUCCUAUGUCAAUAAGGUGGCCUGUACUUUUCCUUUAUUCAUCUAGCUAGUCAUUUCUAACUGCUUUGCAACCUAGGAAAAUUGUGUGAAAAACACAAACUUAGAGUACACUUUUACUUAUUUUCAUUAGCAACAUAUAAAAUAAUAAUUGAAGAAGGAAUAAAUAGUCAAGCUUGAAUAAAAAAUUUUGGUGUCAUAUCACAGUAUCUAUGCUAGAGAAAGUAGUUUAAACAGCAGAAGUUUCUCAGGAUUUGACCUGAAAUAUCUACAGUUAGAAUUUUCAUUCUCAGAGCAUAGCCUCCAAAGUAGAACUCGGGAAGAAAGAAUCCAACUGAACAGCAUUUCUUUUGCUUAAUACAUAGAUUCUAAAGUUGUAUGGGAGAUUUAAUUAACACAUUUGAUAUGUGAAAAAGAUUUCUACAGUACUCUACAAUGUAAAACUUGAGAAUUAUUUUUUAAGUAUUUAUUUAUUUAUUAUGUAUACAAUGUUCUGCCUAUAUGAUGCCUGCAGGCCAGAAGAGGGCACCAGACCUCAUUACAGAUGGCGGUGAGCUACCAUGUGUUUGCUGGGAAUUGAACUCAGGACCUUUGGAAGAGCAGGCAAUGCUCUUCACCACUGAGCCAUCUCUGCAGCCCCCAAAGUUGAGAAUUAUAAAAGUAUAGCAACUGUGAUAAUAAUGCACAGGAAGUAAGAAAGGAUUUUUUAUUUUUUAAAGCAAUCUUUUUUAUUUUACAUACCAAUCCCAGAUCCCUCUCCCUCUCCUCUUCUAUUUUCCCUAUUUUCCCCCAGUCGCACCCUCAACUGCUCCUCAGAGCAAGUGAGGUCUCCCAUGAAAAUCAACAAACCCUGUCACAUCACUUGAGGCAGAACCAAGGAGCUCUCUUUUCCCCAGUAUCUAGGCUGAGCAAGGUGUCCCUCUAUAGGCAAUGGGCUCCAGAAAGCCAGUUCAUGUACUAGGGAUAAAUACGAGAUCUACUGCCAGUGGCACCACAAACUCCCCAAGGCACACAAAUGACCUCAAAAUAUAAGAGAAUCAAUUACAUACAACCUUCUUGUAAUCGCUGUGAAAAAUAAAGUGUAAGGAAAAUCAAAAUUUACAGGAUAAAUUAAAGUUAAAUGGUGCUCUUCGCCAUUGCUUUGAGAAAGAGAGCACAGAAAUAUUUGCUUAUAGCAGUCCAUAAUAAUCUUUGUUCUACAUGUUUUAUAAUUCACCUCAACCUUCCCAAUGCUAUGACCCUUUAAUACAGUUUUUAUGUUGUAGCGACUACAACUGUAAUUCAUGCUACUCAUUAACUGUAAUUUUGCUACUGUUAUUAGUCAUAAUGUAAAUAUCUGAUAUGCGGGAUAUUUAAUAUGCAAUCGUGUGAAAGGGCCAGUUGAUCCUCUGCAGUCCACAGGUUGAGAACUACCUCUGUAGACAAAUAAACAGCCAGUUAAAUAA